CAAUUGGCGUCGUGUGUCCGACAUGAGUUUGAGUCCUCUCUGUUGAAUUGGAAGUCAUGGCAGGUCCUGAUAUGAUAAAAACUCUGCUGUACACCGUCAAUAAUCUCCUACAGGAGGAGAAGUACAGAGCUGCCUUGGCUGUGCUGAAAGGAUUCAGAAACGGCGCCGUAUAUGGGGCAAAGAUCAGAGCUCCACAUGCCCUGGUUAUGACAUUUCUGUUUAGAAGCGGCAGUUUAAAGGACAAGCUCAAAGCCAUUUUGAAGGCCACGUACACCCACUCCCGAAACCUGGCGUGCUUUGUGUUCACAUACAAAGGACUACAAGCCAUGCAGCAGAAGAUCCAAGGAAAGAGUUUACAGUCUCACUCCUUUCUGGCUGCCUGCGUUGGAGGAUGGUUAGUGUUUGGAGACAACAACAGCAUUAACAGCCAGAUCAACAUGUAUUUGCUGUCCAGGAUCCUCUUCGCUCUGUCCCGGCUGGCUGUAGAGAAAGGAAUUAUCCCUCAGCCCAAGCAGGACCCCUUCCCGCUCUUUGCCACACUGGUUUGGGGCAUCGUCUUGUGGCUCUUUGAGUAUUACCCCCACACUCUUCAGCCCUCUCUGCAGUCCUCCAUGAGCUAUCUCUACCACGACAGCAACGUGUGGCACGACAUCUCAGACUUCCUUGUUUAUAAUAAACCGCGGACUGCUGCUUAGAAAUGAAGCUUCAGAUUUUCUCUCAAUUGAAAUGUUUUCCAGAAUGCAUAAUCACCGUAUUAUUGUUUUUUUGGUAUUGCUCAACUAUUCCAAAUAUAGUUAUUGAAUGUGGCCUUUUAAAUUUACUGUAGAAUCAUAAUUUGUGUUGUAGGAAGCCUUAUUUUGUGUUUCCAUUCAAUGACAUCUUUUUUUCUGUGCCAACUUGCACCAAAUUUCCAGCUAAAGAGCUAAACCAGCAUAUUUGCUGUUACUUUCAAUGGCAUUUGAAUCUACCUAAUAGGAUUUUCUCUUGUUUGUAUAUUGAUUGAAUGUCUAAUUUGUUUGAUUGUGUCAUAAAAUACAGACAAAUGCU